AUGGACAGAAUGAAUUUUCUCUCCUUCCUCCUCCUUUGCUUGACUUCAAUUGCUAAUGGCAACAAAGCCAAUAAGCACAAGCCAUGGAUCGAGACGGAGUACCAGGGGAUCGUCAUGGAGAACGACAACACCGUGCUGCUCAACCCCCCGCUCUUCGCUCUGGACAAAGACGCUCCGCUGCACUACGCCGGUGAGAUCUGUGGCUUCCGGGUGCACAACGGGCCCUCUGGUUCCGGGUCCGUUCAGUUCGAGGCGGUGGUUCUGGACCGUUCCACCGGCGAGGGCCUGGUGCGGUCCAAAGAGCCCCUGGACUGCGAGAGCCAGCGGGAGCACAGCUUCACCAUCCAGGCCUACGACUGUGGAGAGGGACCCGACGGAGUCAACAGCAAGAAAUCCCACAAGGCCACCGUGCACGUCCGUGUGAAUGACGUCAACGAGUUCUCCCCGGUGUUUGUGGAGCGCCGCUACGAGGCGUCCGUCCCGGAAGGCCGCCUGUUUGACCGCAUCGUGCGUGUCGAGGCCCUGGAUGCGGACUGCUCCCCGCAGUACAGCCAGAUCUGCUUCUAUGACAUCAUUACUCCCAACGUGCCCUUCGCCAUUGACAACGACGGUAACAUUAAGAACACAGAACCACUGGACUCCAAGCGCCAGCGCGUUCACACCUUCUGGGUCACCGCGUUCGACUGUGGAAAGAACCGGGCCCAGGCUGACGCCCAGGUCGUUGUCACGGUCAAGCCAUCCUGCAAACCCGGCUGGAUCGGAUGGACCAAGCGUGUGGAGUACACUCCCGGAUCAGGGAGCAUCCCUCUGUUUCCUAAUCUACGUCUGGAGACCUGUGAAGAGACCGUAUGGAACAUCCAGGCCACCGUAGAGCUCCAGACUGGCCAUAUUGGAAAGGGCUGUGACAGAGACAGCUACUCAGACAGAUCUGUUCGGCGCCUGUGCGGUGCUGUUAGAGGAGAAGUAGACCUGCUCCCACCCCCCUCCCCAGCAGCCAACUGGACAUCGGCUCUGCCCACUCUCCCCUCCUCCGACUCCUCCCUGGUGUUCUCUUUUAACGGAUCCACCCAUGUCGCCGUGGUGCCUGACUCCAUCGUCGCGGCAGUGUCAGGAGACCACUUCACGCUGCAGCUGUGGAUGCGAAGGGGCGGAGCCAACAUCCAGCCGUCAACCAGCCAGACCAGAGCGAGCCGCAAGGAGGAGGAGACUAUCAUCUGCAGCACUGUAAAGAAUGAUGAUUCAUUCUCUCACUACUCCCUCUCCGUCCACGGCUGUCGCCUCUCGCUCUUCUACUGGCCCGACAUCUCAGCCGCACGGCCCGUCAAGUUCCUCUGGAAACUGGAGCAGGUGUGUGACAGUGAGUGGCAUCACCUGUCUCUCAGCGUCCAGUUCCCCUCUGUGACCCUGUACGUAGACGGUGUGACCUUUGACCCCGCCCUGAUUCACGACAACGGGGCCAUCCCCAACCCAGCGCCCCGCCAGAGAAUGGUCAUCGGUGCUUGCUGGGAGCUCGAGGAGAAGCAGAGGGAGAUCCUCAACAACACCAUCCCAGAGGCUAAAGACUCAGGGAGGUAUGUGGGCGGUUACCGUGGCCUGUUGUCGGGGGUGACGGUGCGUCCGGGCAGCGUGGAGCCGCACAGCGUGGUGGAGUGUCUGUACGCCUGCAGGGAGGGCCUGGACUUUGGAGACUUGGAGACUUUGGGCUCAGGAAUGAAGGUGCACGUGAACCCCAGCCAGUCGGUGCUGGUGCUGGAGGGAGACGACAUCGAGAGCUUUAACCGCGCCGUGCAGCAGGUGACCUACAGGAACUCCCUGCGUUUUGCUACCCCUGGGGUCAGGCCCCUCAAAUUUACCACCUCCCUCAGGUGCUUCAACGAGGAGAGCUGUUUGUCCCUCAAGCAGUUAGAGGGUUACCUGGUGGUCCUCCAACCCGACGCCCCCCAGAUCUCUCUGUCCGGGGUCGGCCCCCACCUGGCCCGUCCUGCCCCAGAGUUCGAGGGUCCUCGCGGGGUCCCCCUCUUCCCCGAGCUCAGGAUCGUCUGUUCCCUGUCGCAUGCCGUCAACACCGCGGCACAGGGGAUGGAAGGUGGAGCGCUAAUGUCUGAUGCUGUGGCUCACACUCUGGACGGCUGCGAGGUGCAGCCCCUGGGGGAGGAGCUUAACCCGGAUAGGGAGGAGCUUCUGGUGGACACGGACGUUCUGCGUGAGAGGGGGCUGGAGAUCAUCAAUACCACUGCCUACAUUGCUAUUACAGGAGCUGAAUCCAUCUCUGUUUAUGAGGAUGUCCUCCGCUCCGUCCGCUACCGCUUGGCCAAAGGCUCGGCCCGCUUCGAGAGGCGGUUCCGUCUGUCCUGCUCUGAGAUGAACGGCAGGUACACCAGCAACGAGCUGACGCUGGAGGUGAACUUCCUGCACUCUCUGGACAGUCUGUACCACCCGUCCCACUUGCUGGCCUCCCAGCAGCAGUUCCUCCAUCCAUCCCACCAUUCCGGAGAGCUGAGCGGACACACCCUACCCAACCCGCAUCGAAACUCGGUUGUGCCAGGGGCGGCCACCGUCAUCAUCAUGGUGUGCGUGGGUUUCCUCGUCGUCAUGGUGAUCCUUGGCGUUUUCCGGAUCCGUUCCAUACAUCACCGCGGUGAAGGUGCCAGGGGUGGGGCUAAGGAAGGCAGCAGCCAGUGGGACGACUCUGCGCUGACCAUCAUCGUUAACCCCAUGGAGUCCUACGAGUCCCGUAUGGGCAUCUCCGCGGACACAGAAGGGGAGGCCGAGGAGGAAGAGGUUGUGGAAUCGCCCGAUGACGCUAGCGAUGACCAGCGAAUCAUCAUCAAGAAGGAGGGGAGGGACGGCAACCCUCGCCGUUACUGA